AUGCCCCUCCUCGCGGGCUCCGCCCUGCUAGUGCUGCUCCUAGUACUCCCCCAGGUGCAUGCCUUUGGAGCAGGAAAUAUUGCUUCGAUCUCGGCAAUUGAAGGCAAGAACUGGCGCCAUGGAGAUAUUGAAGAUGUACUCAAAACACUGGCCUUUAUCCACGGCCACAAAUGGACCUCCACCAUGAUCAAGCGCGUGUACUUUGGCAACUGGCUGCGUGACUAUUCGCAGGCUAUGGACGUCGGCACUCUCAAGAGUUUGCAGGCCGAGACAAUCCGUGUGUUGGUGUGGGUCCUGUCGUUCCUGAGUUUCGGCUAUGCAACUGGUGAAUUCGAGGUCACCUCGGAUCGUCUGGGGGUGUAUCGCCCAGAGGAACACAUUGACAACCCCAAGGACUAUGCUGAUAAUGAAGAUGCGCGGCAAUUCGACAAGCGUCUGCGGCCUCCGGUGCGGAACGUGGAACUGGAAAUUGACCAAAACACCGGCAUGAAGAACUAUAUUGCCAAUGAGCGGGGCGACUGGGCCACCAGCGCGGCUUAUAUCAAAUUCAGUCUUAGUCGGAGCAUCCACUUUGGACGGAUGUAUACCCAUGGCGGACAGAAAAAGGGCAAUGAAGAAGACCUGUGCGAAGCACUGCGCUGUCUGGGCCAAGGCUUGCACACCCUAGAGGACUUUGCCGCACACACUAACUAUGUGGAGUUGGCGUUGCGCGAGAUGGGCAUGCAGAAUGUCUUCCCGCACACAGGUACCAACACCCAGAUCAACCUCCAUGGACAUCGGGUGUUCCCACUUGUGACGGGCACCUUUGGUAUGGUGGAUUUCUUCCACUCGGUGCUGGGAGAGGCAACAGACCACUUUGCUCAGUCCGAAGUGAAUGAAAUGGAUCUGGCGCUGGGCGAUGCGGAAACGAGCGCCCAGUCGAAUAACUCCCUGGGUGCGUUGACUGGGCUUCUGGGCAAGAUCCCCGGUACCAAAGAGCUUGUUCAGGAGGCCGAGGGCUUGAAGAGGUCGUCGGCUGCACAGGACAUGGCCAAUCGGAGCCGGGGUGCUGCGGCGGGCUAUGCAGAGUCCUCUCAUGGCCAGCGAAGUCGUGCUGGGCCUGAUCAUGCUUCGAGCACCGCAAAGCCGGGUGCCGGGUUCGAGGGUAUGCCUGAUUUCAAUCCCCAGGAGACGGUGGCCAAGAUCUACCCGAUUCUCCAAUUCCGGGAUAAGGUCGUGCGCAAGUUGGAUUCGAUCAUUGAAAAGAUCCCUGGUCUGGAAGCCCUGGUCGAGAAGAUCUCAGAGACCCUGACUGUGGUGAUCAUGUCGCUUCUGGCUCCAUUCGUGCGUCCCUUGAUCAAGGCGGCGUCCAAAUCGCUGCAGACUGGAUCCGCGGGUGUGAUCGAUGCCUCUGGCAAGCAUCAGUACGAGCCGUGGACUGACCCCCACUGCACUGAUCCCACUCACUCUCUGCUUUCAAAGGAUCACUUUGCAAACAUUCUGAACGAGCCCGCUGGUCAGGUCGCAUCCUCGAUCGUCGAGUAUGUCGCGCCUCGUGUCCUGUAUGCCUGGCAACACAUCGACGUCCCAGAAAACGAGGUCCUCGACGACUGCCUUCAGGUAUUCCACCACCCCGCACUACGCAACAUGCGCAACGACGCGCACCGCACGAUGUUCGAAUCCGUUGAAAAAUGGGCCCACAGUCGUCCCGACCGCGGCGCUUCCCUCAACAACAUCCUCAGCUCCGAAGGUGUGCGCUCAGGUCGCAACACCGGCGGCGUAAGCCACACCCACAGCGGUGGUCACGGCGGAUUCGCAACACUCGGAAACAAACCUCACGGCCAAAAGCCGAGCCAUGGCCAAAGUCAUGGACACGGUAGCAGCCAAGGGCACUCCUCUGGAUCAGGAUUCUCCUCAUUCCUCUCCGGCCAAAGCAGCAAUCAUCAAAACAGCAGCUCCGGCUCCGGCUCCAGCGUCCCAUGGGAUAAACUCUCCAACCUUCCCAUCCCAGGAAUGUCCAACCUCAACAAACUGAACAAGUUCUCCAACCUCAUUCCAGGCGGAUUGACCCGCGAUAUGGACGAAUCCCAAUCUCAGCACUCAUACCAAUCCCAACACAAUGGGCCUUCUGGGUAUGAGCCAGUGCACUCGCACCCACACCCUCAUGCCGAAUAUCAGAACUCGCAGCUCGAAUAUUCGCACUCGAACCAGCACGGCUAUCGGCCAAGCGGCCAGAAUCCGUAUCCGGAUUAUGACCAACAGCAACUUCAUCGACAACCAGAGUAUUCGGGCCAUGUACCACGCGUCGAUGCACACCACGAUCAUAAUGUGCCACACGACCAUGGCGGUCACCAUGGCCGGCAUGGUCACGGUCAUCAGGGCCAUCACGACCAUCACGAUCACGGCUCUAGCCACGGUCACGCACAUGGCCAUAGUCAUGGGCACGGAUCCAGGUAUUAA